CUGUACCCCUGCGUCGAGUUUCUGUGUUCCCAUCUUCGGUGUUGUUGCGAAUCUGUGCGGUCACCAGCAGUCGGCACUCGUGAUUAGACUGAUGUUUGUUGCCUGCCUGAUCGAAAGAUCUCGUGCCAGCCGAUGUCUUAAAUUGAGAAGAGUCGGAGGAGACCUUUGGAACGCACGCGGUGUUGUUGACGCAGAGAGGACUCUUUGUUGGACGCGUGGUCCGGUCGAUCAUCCGUAACGAGCAGGAUGACAAUGGAAGAUCGCACCAGUGGCAUCGACCGUGCCGCCCCCGCGACAUCCACGACGGCAACAACGGCGCUAACAUCGUCCAGUCCCUCGUCCAUCAGCGACGUCACCACCGACGCCGCGUACCCUCUUCAGCGCGCCGGGAAACGUUCCUUCGAUGUGGCAUUUCUUGUUGCGCCGGACGAGAAUCUCGCCCGUCGCCAGAAUGAAAAGAUGAGGCUGGUAUCCGGCAGGAAAGAACGCCACCGAGAGGAAAUCUCAACAGAGAACGUCGAGGACAGGUUGCCGCAGAACCUGACGAUCAAGAACUACGACAGUGACACUGGUAGCUCAGACAGGCGGAGGGUGAUGCAAUGUACCGAGAAUUCUCUGAGCCCUCCAUAUAUAUCACCGAGAACACUUACUCCAACUCUGCCAGGCUUAUCGCCCGACGUCGAUGCUCGAAGAUACGUGCCCAGUACUCGUUUACAGAAGACACCUAGUCCACCCGCGUUCGCCACUCAUCAAUCAAUGCUAGCUACCUGUCCUGACGCGGUGGAGCCUAGCUUGGCUUGUAAUAAGGUCUAUGAUACCGUCAUACCCUGUCCAACCGAGAGACACGGAGAAUCUCGCAGCGCCUUCACCAAGGUAAACUUGGCGGUACAGAGGAACGGAUUUAACGACGAUAGCCAGACCUCGCCGAGAUCUUCUAUAUCACCGGAUGAUCGUACAAGCUACCAGAGCAGCGUCAGUCCGCCGGUGGUACCGUUGACCACCGGCUACAAGUAUGCACCGUUUCCAACGAAGAUGACGUAUCCGUUCUUAGUCAGCCCGGAAGUCGGUCAGCCUGGAUUAUUGGAGAACCUGAAGAUACCCCAGAUCGCGCAGCCGCCCAAAGUACCGAGUCCAAAGAUACCCAGCUUCCGGCCGGAUCUGCCGCCGGUUUACCCGAAUUUACCCUAUAAUCCGAUUUCCGUGUUUCCUCCAAUGGCCGAGGCGUUGACCAGGCCGAGAUUCCUAGCAACGGCCGCUGGAGUGGCUGGCCUUCUGCCCCCGUCGUUCGCUGCACUAAGCCUACCCGCGCAGAACGUUUGCGCCAAGUGCAAUCUGUCGUUCCGGAUGACUUCUGACCUGGUCUAUCACAUGAGGUCUCAUCACAAGAACGAGAACACCGGCGAGGCAGCCAGGAGACGGCGGGAGGAGAAACUCAGGUGUCCCGUUUGCGACGAGAGCUUUAGGGAGAGGCACCAUCUCACCAGGCAUAUGACCGCGCAUCAAGAUAAGGAAAGCGACGCGAUCGUGGACCAGGUCGAGGUGAAAAGGCGAGCCACUACUGUUCACAGUAAGUGACGACGGAAAUCGUCGAGCGAAGAUGCGAGGCUGACAGGUUAUUCUUUUGAAAAUUGAAGCGAUACGAAAGUUCGUUCAUUUGGCGAUAUUUCAGAAAGAAAAUUCAAUUUUGAUGAAACAUGUUGCUCUAGGGGUCGAAAUCGUUGAGUCAUAUAAGAUACCAAUGCUCUUCCAAUUUUUUAAGAUAUCAUCUUUUAACGUACUAUAGCCCGAUACACGAAAUAAUACUAUAUCUACUUCUAGUUCCUCGAUAGCUGAACGUCCAGCAAAUUUUUUUCACUCGUCCCUUCUAUUCAACUUUUAAACUGAUUCAGAACGUUUUACGUGGUAUACGUGUACGAUAACUAGUCGCUAGGAAUUUUAUCGAGUUAACUAGGAGAUCUUACCUUGUGAUAAGGUGCAUUCCCUCUCUAGUCAAUAUUAGGUAGGUGAAAUUUGUAAAUAAUUCAAUCUAUUCUAGUUGUAAGAGUAUUAUAAGACGUUCGACCAUCUCUUAAAUCUCAAAUCAAUUUUUCUACUGCUCAACGUAUUAUAUACAAAAAUUGAAUUCAAUUUUUACACAGGGCAGAGGGGAUUUAACUUUGUUUGACACUUUUCAUAGGCGAAAAGUUCGCACGUUUUACAUGUUCAUGUAGGCAGGUGCGUUUUGACAGGGUGAAAACGCGAACACAGGUGGGGCAGGGUGCGUAGACAGGCGGGAACAGGCGUUCGUUUGUGUGCCGCGGCUGCGGAGGUGGAAGGGAUCGGAACGGCAAUAAAUAGAUCGUAAACCGUAGCCCCGGCUAACACACAAACCGGCGGAGCGCGCAUAAUGGUAGGAAACAAUGAAUGCCGUAAUCGGAAACAGUGCCGGUUUGUUAUCUGCCAUUUACACUCCAUUUAACUUCAAACAGUGAAUCGGCUGGCGCGCAUUCGCCAGUUUUAAAUACACGCGACCUCUCCGGGCACCCCCCGGACUUCAACUCCACCCCCGCUGCACCCGGCCGCCCCGGCUUAACAUAGGGUUAACCUGCCGCGCCACGCGGAGUGGCUUAAUAUUGCCCCGGAAUUGCUUGACUUAUCGCUCGCUUCCGUUCCGUGCUUAAUGUUUGCUUAUUUGCUGCUGCUGAAUCGCGUUUUGCCCACUUGCAUUAUAACAAUGACAGUUAUAAUUUAUUAAACGGAACGGGAAUGUCCGGUGUUCCGAUCUUGUAAAAUAAUUUGGGGUGUGCAAUAAAAGAAGAGAGACGAGUCGAGGUAGGUUUAAGUAAAAGAACUCUACAGUAUUCUGUACAGCAAUAAUUAUAGUAGUGUGUAUAUAUUCGAUUUUCUCUUCACACGAGUGAAAGGGGAGGUCCUUUCUUGGAAAUCGUAAGAAUAGAAGGAUAGUCAGUUUGCGUGGAGAUUCAGCGUUAUCAGAUAAUGAAGUUAUUAAAUGUAAGACGUUGUUCUAAUUGUACGUGUACGAUAUAAGCCCGAUGUAAAUGGUUCGUCAUUUAGAUUUAAGGUUCUGUUUCAUUUUGUAAGAAUUAUUUAUCGCGACGUAACCGUGAUGUCACGUUGUAUUCGAUGUAAAUAUCACUCUGUACAUAAGCACUGUAUG